AUGAGCUUGAGAUCAACUGAAACGCGAAGGUCGACAACAACAUCAUCAGACACACUAUCGACAAUGGCUGAAGAACGCAGUUACCGCAUGUUGGUGCUUUUAGAAGAUAAAGUGGAGGACUCGACAGCUGGAGCAACGGUUAUCGAGAAUUCAGAGGCUUCCCAAACACCCAAUGCUACACACGAAUUCGUUGACGAGCUGAUAUUGCCCUUCGAAAUAGAAGACAUGGACAAGCUAAAUCGGUGGUUUGACAAAUUCGAUGCCGAUAUUUGCAUUCCCAACGAGGGAUUCAUAAAAUAUGAGAUCAGUAGCGACGGGCUCGUUGUCUUAUUACUGGAUAGGUCCAAAGAAGAUGUGGUGAGUCAAGUUCGCGAAUUUGUCGAAUCUACGAAAAUUGAGUAUAGCGACGAUGACGAUGAAUCAAGCUAG